AUGAGUGCUUCCCUGGUAAACACUCCACAGGGUCUGUUAAACUUUAAGGAUGUGGCUGUGGACUUCUCACUGGAGGAAUGGGAAUGUCUCGAUUUUGCUCAGAGGGCAUUGUACAUGGAUGUCAUGUUGGAAAAUUACAACAAUCUAUUGUUUGUGGAAAAUCAUCGCAUAUGUGGAAUGUAUGAGAAAAUCUUAGAUCAAGACACACAGUACAUUGUCCAUGAGCAUGUGAAUAUCCAAGAAACGUCUUCUAAAUGCAGUGAACUUAGCAAUCUGAUUCAUGAAUCUACCCAAAGUACACCUCAUAAAACUCAUGACAGAGAUGCAUCUCUUCAAUUCUCAAACUUAAAAAUAUUUAAAACUGGAAACAGUGAAGAAGUUUACAAGUAUAACGAAUGUUCAAAUGGUUUAAGUGUGAGUUCAAUCAUUAGUCUCAAUCAAGGAAUCCACAUAGGAAAGAAAGAACAGAAUAGAAAUACAGAAUUUGAUAAAGUUUUUCUCUCUAAACAUAAAUCACUGGUGAAACAAAAUAAUAUUGGAGUGAAUCCUUACAAUUGUAGUGAACCUGACAAAUGUUUUACCCAGAAAGACAAUCUUCAAAGUAAGGAGAGCAUUUAUCAAGGAAAGAAACCUCACAAAUGUAGUGAAAGUGAAAAAUGUUUUACAGAAAAGUUUAGUCUUAGCAUGCAUCAGAGAUUUAAUACACAAAGGAAACUUUAUAAAUGCUGUGAAUGUGACAAGUGUUUUGCCCAUAAAUCCUAUCUUAGUGUUCAUCAGAGAAUUCAUACAGGAAAGAAGCCUUACAAAUGUUGUGAAUGUGACAAAACCUUUUCCAGAAAAUCUCAUCUUCGUAUUCAUCAGAGAAUUCACACAGGAGAGAAACCUUACAAAUGCAAUGAAUGUGACAAAUGCUUUACCCACAAGUGUAGUCUCAAAUUUCAUCGGAGAAUUCAUUCAGGAGAGAUAUCUUACAAAUGUAGUGAAUGUGACAAAUGCUUUAUCAGAAAAUCCAGUCUUAGUAUUCAUCAGAGAUUUCACACAGGAGAGAAACCUUACAAAUGUAGUGAGUGCUACAAACGUUUUACUGACAAAGUCAGUCUGAGAAUUCAUCAGAGAAUUCAUACAGGAGAAAAACCUUACAAAUGUAGCGAAUGUGACAAAUGCUUUGCCCAUUCAUCAAAUCUUAGUGUUCAUCAGAAAAUUCACACAGGAGAGAAACCUUACAAAUGUAGUGAUUGUGGCAAAUGCUUUAACCGACCAUCACAUCUUAGCAUUCAUCAGAAAAUUCACACAGGAGAGAAACCUUACAAAUGUAGUGAUUGUGGCAAAUGCUUUACCUGGAAAGUUAAACUGAGUAUUCAUCAGAGAAUUCAUACAGGAGAGAAACCUUACAAAUGUAGUGAAUGUGACAAAUGCUUUACUGUAAAAUGCAGUCUGAGAAGGCAUCAGAGAAUUCACACUGGAGAGAAACCUUACAAAUGUAGUGAAUGUGACAAAUGCUUUAACCAACCAUCACAUCUUAGGGUUCAUCAGAAAAUUCACACAGGACAGAAACUUUACAAAUGCAAUGAAUGUGACAAAUGCUUUACUGAAAAAUGCAGUCUGAGAAGACAUCAGAGAAUUCACACAGGAGAGAAACCUUACAAAUGUAGUGAAUGUGACAAAUGUUUUACCCGACCAUCAAAUCUUAGUGUUCAUCAGAAAAUUCACACUGGAGAGAAACCUUACAAAUGUAGUGAUUGUGGCAAAUGCUUUACUUACAAAAGCAAUCUGAGAAGUCAUCAGAGAAUCCAUACAGGAGAGAAACCGUGCAAAUGCCAUGAAUUUGAGAAAUAA